UUAUUCUACAGGUUGUCUUUAUAUCGUCCAGGUAUUUAAGCUCCUUGUGUGCCCCCCAAGGAGCGCAUAUCUAAGUCACCCAACAUGUCGUUCCCAACACCAAAACUUUGUACCCAUCACCCUCAUAGCGCGGUGCCACAGGACAUCAUGGCUUGCAGCUUGGUCGCUUCCAGGGGAGAGGCGGACAAAACACAUCUUACCAAUCCCAGCUCCCCAGCAAAAUAUAACAGUCAUUCUCUAACUGAGCAGAAUCAGGCAACUCCCAACCUCCCAGCGCCGGCAGUGAAAAUCACCACUAAGGAUCGUUUCGCACCAUUCAUCAUAAUUCCCAAGCAUGAUUACUAUAGCGAGCGAUUUGCACUCGAAGAGCAUGAGAGGCCGCUCAUGUUCGCGGGAGAUCACUACUCCGAUAUAUUUGCGCUGGAGGAGCACGAAAGGCCAGCAAGGUAUCCAAGAAAUCGUUACUCCACUGAAUCCGCACUCGGGAAGGAUUGGCUUGAAGACGAAGCAAAAACAGACAACGAUACCAUCGUUGUCAUACCCCCAGAUGACGAGGCACCGGUCCAGAAAUUUAGGGGACAAAAACGAAAACGAGCAAAGAUAGCCCAGAAGAAACCAAGAAUUGGAAAAGGGGCUAUUUCUAUAUCCUCCGAAGGCGAGGAACCGGUAACAAUUCGAAGAAGACGAGGGCCAGAGUCGGCAAAACCUGCCCAGGGGGUACGAAAAACCGCAAGAGAGGCUAAUCAGUUAUCCUCAGAUGACGAGGGGCCGGUAGUCGUUCGUAGAGGACGAAAGCCAGGAUCAACGAAAACUACCCAGAAGGUACGAAAAUCCGAGAGCGAAGCUACUAGCACGUCCUCAGAAGACGUGGAACCGGUAACAGUUCAAAGAAGAAGACGAAAGCCAGACCCGGCAAAAUCUGCACAGGGGGUACGAAGAGCCGUAAAAGAGGCUAUUCAGUUAUGCUCAGAUGACGAGGGGCCGGUAGUGGUUCGUAGAGGGCGAAAGCCAGGAUCAACAAAAACUACCCAGGAGGUACGAAAGUCUGAGAGCGAAACUACUAACACGUCCUCAGAUGAUGAAGAACCAGUAAUGGUUCGCAAAGUGCGAAACCCCAAGUCGGCAAAGGCUAUCCAGGAGGUUCGAAAGGCCGUAGAAAAGGAGGUUCGGAAGGCCAUAGAAAGGGCUCUCCGGAUAUGCUCAGAUGAUGAGGCACCAGUGAAAGUUCGAAGGAGGCGAAAGUCAAAAUCGCCGAAUGCUAGCUCCAAGGAAAUGGGAAAUGCGAGGGAGGUCGUGCGUAGAUCCACACGCAGUCGCGCGCAGGUCAACUACGUAGAGGAAUAUUGAAGACCCUUUAGGAGAUAGAAGGCAAUGAAAGUUCAUUCCCCCU